AAGAUGGCCGCCCUGUUGUUUUGAUGAAUAAUACUUGGUGGGGCGAGGGGGUAAGGGUAGGGUUGGAGGGGUAGGAGGAUUUACGCUUACAGCGAGAGCUUCGCCAGUCCCAUCCCACCCCUCCCCCCUACCAGGGUUCCUGCGUGGAGGCGGGGCGAGCCCGGCCUGCUUUUAGAGGGGAGGGGCUUCCCGGUGCGGCGCUGGGCUCUCCCUGGGCUGCCGUGGGGUCGCCGCGCCUCGGGGCAUCCAGUGUGCAGCGGAGCCGUUCCCGCCAGGGCCAGGGGUGGGACCCGGAGCGGGGUCUGCGGGAGAAAAACGCAGCUGCCGCGUCACCGCCGCGAAGACACGGCGCGCAGCGGGCACGAGCCGAGCUGGAGACCGCGCCGCCCGCCCUGGGUAACCUGGGAAGCUGAGGGGAGUCAGUGGCGCCCGGAGGGGACCCGGUAGCAGCGGCUGUGGCCAGAGGAGGCGGCUCGGGACGCUUGCAUCUGGAGGAGGCUGGGGCGAUCCGAGCGACCGAAACCAAGGCGAUUCAGUGCCUCGUGUUCUUAGUUUUUAACCUCUGACUAUGCAAUUCUGAAACCUCCCCCCUUGGGGGACCAGGCAGCCCGAUAGAUACCUUCCAGUCUCCUUUGCUCCCUCCCUGGUCUCAAGAACCGAAGGAUCUCUCUGACGCCUUUCACGAUUAAGAGGAAAGAGAUGGAGGAGCUGAGCGCUGAUGAGAUUCGACGGAGGCGCCUGGCACGACUUGCUGGUGGACAGACCUCCCAGCCGACCACCCCGCUUACGUCUCCCCAGAGGGAGAACCCUCCGGGACCUCCAAUAGCUGCGUCAGCCCCAGGCCCCUCCCAGAGCCUCGGCCUCAAUGUCCACAGCAUGACCCCAGCUACCUCCCCCAUAGGCGCAGCAGGAGUUGCCCACCGGAGCCAGAGCAGUGAAGGAGUCAGUUCUCUUAGCAGUUCGCCGUCCAACAGCCUUGAGACGCAAUCUCAGUCCCUCUCCCGUUCCCAGAGCAUGGAUAUUGACGGUGUCUCUUGUGAGAAAAGCAUGUCCCAGGUGGAUGUGGAUUCAGGAAUCGAAAAUAUGGAAGUGGAUGAGAAUGACCGAAGAGAAAAACGGAGCCUGAGCGACAAGGAGCCGCCUUCAGGUCCUGAAGUGUCUGAAGAGCAGGCCUUACAGCUGGUCUGUAAGAUCUUCCGCGUCUCUUGGAAGGACCGGGACAGAGAUGUCAUCUUCCUUUCUUCUCUUUCUGCACAGUUUAAACAGAACCCAAAAGAAGUGUUCUCUGAUUUUAAGGAUCUGAUUGGCCAGAUUUUAAUGGAAGUGCUGAUGAUGUCCACCCAGACCCGAGAUGAAAACCCAUUUGCCAGUCUGACAGCCACGUCCCAGCCUAUUGCCACAGCAGCUCGGUCGCCAGACAGGAGUCUCGUGCUGAACACUGGCACCGGUUCGGGAACAAGCCCCAUGUUCUGCAGCUUGGGCUCCUUUGGCACCGGCUCCUUGUCUAGUUUGGGAGCCUCUGGUGGAGCAAGUAACUGGGAUUCGUACAGUGAUCACUUCACCAUUGAAACCUGCAAGGAGACUGAUAUGCUGAACUACCUCAUUGAGUGUUUUGACAGAGUUGGAAUAGAGGAAAAAAAAGCACCAAAGAUGUGCAGCCAGCCAGCAGUCAGCCAGCUUCUGAGCAACAUCCGCUCACAGUGCAUUUCCCACACCGCACUAGUGCUGCAAGGCUCCCUCACGCAGCCCAGGUCCUUGCAGCAGCCAUCCUUCCUUGUACCGUAUAUGCUCUGCAGGAAUCUCCCGUACGGCUUCAUCCAAGAGCUCGUGAGGACCACUCACCAGGAUGAAGAGGUGUUCAAGCAGAUCUUUAUCCCCAUUUUACAAGGCCUGGCUCUUGCUGCCAAAGAGUGUUCCCUCGAUAGCGACUACUUUAAAUACCCCCUCAUGGCACUGGGUGAACUCUGUGAAACCAAGUUUGGGAAGACACACCCUAUGUGCAAUUUGGUCGCCUCGCUACCCCUGUGGUUGCCGAAGUCCUUAAGCCCCGGUUCCGGGCGGGAGCUGCAGAGACUCUCCUACUUAGGGGCCUUCUUUAGCUUCUCAGUCUUCGCAGAGGACGAUGCAAAGGUGGUUGAGAAAUACUUCUCAGGGCCUGCCAUCACCCUAGAGAACACGCGCGUGGUCAGCCAGUCGCUGCAGCACUACCUGGAGCUGGGGCGGCAAGAGCUUUUCAAGAUUCUGCAUAGUAUUUUGUUAAACGGCGAAACGCGAGAGGCGGCACUCAGUUACAUGGCGGCCGUCGUCAAUGCCAACAUGAAGAAAGCCCAGAUGCAGGCGGAUGAUCGGUUGGUGUCUACAGAUGGGUUUAUGCUGAAUCUCCUUUGGGUCCUGCAGCAGCUAAGUACGAAAAUCAAGUUAGAAACAGUCGACCCCACUUACAUAUUCCACCCACGAUGUCGGAUCACUCUCCCGAAUGACGAGACGCGAAUAAAUGCAACGAUGGAGGAUGUGAAUGAGUGGCUGGCUGAGCUCUAUGGAGACCAGCCUCCAUUUUCUGAGCCAAAAUUCCCUACGGAAUGUUUCUUUCUCACCCUGCACGCCCACCACCUCUCCGUUCUGCCGUGUUGUCGUCGCUACAUCCGCAGACUCCGAGCCAUCCGAGAGCUGAACAGAACCGUAGAAGAUUUGAAAAAUAAUGAAAGCCAGUGGAAAGAUUCCCCACUGGCCACCAGACACCGAGAAAUGCUGAAGCGCUGUAAAACACAGCUUAAGAAACUGGUACGGUGCAAGGCCUGUGCUGACGCUGGCUUACUUGACGAGAGCUUCCUGAGAAGAUGUCUGAAUUUUUAUGGCCUUCUCAUUCAGCUGAUGCUGCGCAUCCUGGACCCUGCGUAUCCCGACGUAACACUGCCUUUAAAUUCAGAUGUCCCCAAGGUAUUUGCAGCAUUGCCUGAGUUUUAUGUAGAAGACGUUGCUGAAUUUCUAUUUUUUAUUGUACAAUACUCUCCUCAGGUGCUUUAUGAGCCCUGUACUCAGGACAUUGUGAUGUUCCUCGUCGUGAUGCUGUGCAACCAGAACUACAUCCGAAACCCUUACCUAGUGGCCAAACUGGUGGAGGUCAUGUUCAUGACCAACCCCUCGGUUCAGCCUCGAACUCAGAAGUUUUUUGAGAUGAUUGAGAACCACCCUCUCUCUACCAAAUUGCUGGUACCUUCCCUCAUGAAGUUCUAUACAGAUGUCGAGCAUACUGGAGCCACCAGCGAGUUCUAUGACAAGUUCACGAUUCGCUAUCACAUAAGCACUAUUUUUAAAAGCCUUUGGCAAAAUAUAGCUCACCACGGCACCUUCAUGGAGGAGUUCAAUUCUGGAAAGCAGUUCGUUCGCUAUAUCAAUAUGCUGAUAAAUGACACGACCUUUUUACUGGAUGAAAGUCUGGAGUCAUUGAAGCGGAUCCAUGAAGUGCAAGAAGAGAUGAAGAACAAAGAGCAGUGGGACCAGUUGCCUCGGGAUCAGCAGCAGGCCCGGCAGUCUCAGCUUGCUCAGGACGAGAGGGUUUCACGUUCCUAUCUUGCCCUGGCAACCGAAACCGUGGACAUGUUCCAUCUCCUCACCAAGCAAGUCCAGAAGCCGUUCCUCAGGCCAGAACUUGGUCCCCGGUUGGCAGCCAUGCUGAACUUUAACCUACAGCAGCUGUGUGGACCCAAGUGCCGGGACCUAAAAGUUGAAAACCCAGAGAAGUAUGGUUUUGAGCCAAAGAAGCUGUUGGACCAGCUGACCGAUAUUUACCUACAGCUGGACUGUGCCCGCUUUGCUAAAGCCAUCGCUGAUGACCAGAGAUCCUACAGCAAGGAGCUAUUUGAAGAAGUCAUUUCAAAGAUGCGGAAAGCAGGAAUCAAAUCCACCAUUGCAAUAGAGAAGUUUAAGCUUCUUGCUGAGAAAGUGGAGGAGAUAGUGGCCAAGAAUGCACGGGCUGAAAUUGACUACAGCGACGCCCCGGAUGAGUUUAGAGACCCUCUGAUGGACACCCUAAUGAUUGACCCCGUGAGACUCCCCUCUGGCACCAUCAUGGACCGCUCUAUCAUCCUGCGGCAUCUGCUGAACUCCCCCACCGACCCCUUCAACCGCCAAACACUGACUGAGAGCAUGCUGGAACCAGUGCCAGAGCUGAAGGAGCAGAUCCAAGCAUGGAUGAGAGGGAAGCAGAGCAGUGACCACUAAGCAUCCCGUCGCCCUUCUCUGCUGGAAGCCGCCACGCCAGCCAGCCAGGCCGCAGCAGCACCCACCUCGGAGUGCUGCUCCAACCUGCAACCCGCUGUGGCCAGAAUGAACGCCCACCCCAAGUGACCAAACAGAGAUCUGAGGGACAUGAUGAGAAGAGGAGCCCGAUUCCUGUACAUAUAUUUAAGUGACAAACAGUCAAACGCCUGAGGGACGAGUCUCACGGCUGCUGUGUAGUAAAGUACGUCCUCUGCCUGUCACCUCCGGGGCUGUGGCAACGGAGGUCGUUAGUGAUGGCGAGUGGGUGUGGGCAGCAUCCCCUGAGCUUUCGUUUUGUUUUGUUUUGUUUUUUUCGAUGUGACUAGAGAACUCGGACAUUUUGCUGCUAAAGAAUCUCCCCCUUCCUCACCCUACUUGCACUGCUGUGGGUUUUUUAAAGAGAAACAAAACCAGACUCCUUUCCCGGCCCUCCAAACAUGUAUUCUGUGAGAUAACUGUGCCUGCGACAAAGUGUUAAUCUUGGGAUCGUAUUUUUAUAUCAUAUUCACAUACUUGUUUUUUUAAUUGGUGUUAGAUGACAUGAUUAAUAAAAAAGGCAAGAUAUUUUCAGAAUUUGAAUUUCAGUUUUUUUUUCUUUUGAAAUAGCCCUUUUCAAUUUUUUUAUUAUAAAAAAAAAAUGAAGAGAACCCUGUUGGCCUGGUCCUUCCACCAACCCUCAGCUAAGAUUCUGAGGAACAGGUGCAGCAGCAGAACGGCUGAAGUGGAUCAGGACUCAAGUGACUUGUGGGCUUUGGGGGAGGUGAGGGUUGUAUUUUGUUUUUUGUUGUUUUUUUAAUCCUAUGUGACAAUUUCAAAUCUAUACCAUUAUUGUCUGAGGAUAGAUACAUUCCUCAGUCUGAGUUCAUUUGUAUGCUGUGUCCUUUUGGGGUUUGGCCUUACCAAAGCAAAAAAAAAAAAAGGGUGCAAGAAAUGUGGAAAUCUGCCUGCUUGUUUCCACGCCCGGACAAAUGCCACUGCAAGCAGAAGCCCGUGGUAUUACCGCUCCCUACACAACAUACUUGAAUUCUUGAAUUUCCUUUGGGGUGAAAAAGGAUUUGAAACCAUAAAGUGUUUUAAAGAAAUCUUCGGAGACAUACUUUCUUUUCUCUCUUCCUUUCUCCUCUUCUCCACAGACGAUAUGCUCUGUUCAGUUCCCAAAACAAACUACAAUAAACGGUGAUGCCCAUCCGGAA